CUGUGCUUUUCCCAUGACAAGCUCUUUAUUUGCAGAUCAGCUUUUGGUGAUAUCAGGGAAUUCUCUCCAUUUAUUAGAUGGCCUUAAAACUUGACAGCAAUUUGUGGACUGUCCCUUGCGCUGGAGUAAGAAGCAGGAGGAGCUGAUGGGAAAGCACCUGCAUGGGAAUUUUUCCCUGGAUAUUUGUAAUGCCAAGUGACAGGCUGUUCCUUCCCUCCUUAUUUCUCAGGCCUUGAGUGUUACUGUGGGAGGUUUGGCUGACCAGAACAGACUUGGAUUUGAAAUCUGCUCCUACAAUAAGAGGGGACUUUAAAAAAGUACUGUUGUUUGUUUAUUUUUUAUAGUUUUAAGUGCUCCAAGUGUGUUACAAACUAAGAGCAUACUUAGAGUGUGAUGUAAAUGUUAGCAGAGAGGAAGGCAAACAUUGCACUCUGGUGCAGUUCAAAUAAUUGCCAUCAGCUUUUUGACUUUUUUUAAGCUAAGCUGAAAUCACCUUAAGUUUUAAACACAGGUUAGUUCGUGUGGUUUGUUUCAGCGUACAAAGCUUAAAAGUAGACAGAUACUUUGUUUGUAUGUCUAUGCAAAUUGUUUCUAAACUCUCCUGGGAGAGUGUUUGUAGACAGCUCUGACUUGGGUUAGAUGCUCUGCAAAGUUCAGUGCUGCACUGAGUGGAUCUUGUCUUUGAGAGCUUAGUUUGAAAUCCUAAAGGGGGGAUUUUUUAAUCCCUAAGAAGGAAACUUUUCAGGGAAAUCCUAAAAAAAAAAAGGUGCUGAUUUUGUUUUUCCUUAAUUUGAUAGCCAUUACAGUUUUUUUGAGAGCUCUGAAUUCGAGGUGAGAGUUCAGACUGAACUGCUGAAAGCACUAAUUGCUGUAAUUAGUUCCUUCUACAAGUCUGCUAGGAUAACUAGGACUUCAAGCUAUGAUUAAAGUGUGGCUAUGUAAGGACAAAUGAUGGAGAUCCUAAAAUUUGCAGCAGGUUUGGAAAGUCCAGUGUUGGAAAAACAUUGUGCUUUGCAAUUUAUAUUAAACAAGAAGGUGAGCAACUGAGGUUACUUAAUGUCACUAAAACUGAGCAAAAUGGCUGUUCUGUCAUUUGUUAGAAUAUGCAGUGAGGAUUUUAAUGGAUUAUUGCACAUUGUGGUGGAAGCUUUAUGAAAACGUGUUUGUCCAUUUAAAGCAAUUUAUUUCAACAGUGGGUCUUUCUGAGUGAUGUGCUUCACAGUUAACGUUCUAUAAAAUAAUGGAUUGGCAGGAAACAAAAAAUAAUUUAUUUUAGGUCUGUUACUGAAGUCCCGUGGGAUUCAAACAAAUAAUUUGAUAGUUGGAUAAGAAGGUAAUAAAGCUUUGUUUACAUUUCAGUGUCACUGGAAAUGCAGAGCUGCACCAACACUGCCCACGUCAUGUUGUCCAACAGCUCUGUUUGUUCACUGACUGGACUUUGCUGCCCAGCACAGACACUGUCAUUUUGCAAUUUGUGAAUACUUUGGGAGCUGUGAAAGUUGUUAAUAGGAUUAGCUGGGUGGAUAAGAAGUCAGGUUUGUGUUUUGAGGGGCAAAACUUCUUCCUGCUUGCUUGCACUUCCUUUCUGGGGAGAGUAGCCAAAAAUAAGAUUGGCUUUGCUGUCUGCAGGGACAACACUGUGUGGUUCUCCUGUACUAAUCCUGGUGCUGCAAGGGAGCAGGGAGGAGCACACUGAGGAGGCUGGGUGUGAUUUGUGGUGGGCCCAGAAGUGUUUCAGGGCUCAGACUUAACCAGUUUGCACGGCUUUUAGUGGAGCUGCCAGGUUCUCCUGUCUGGUUGAACCUUUCCCUGCGUGGAUGUGGCUGUUUGUGGAUUAACAGACUUUGCAUCUUGUGCAAUCCUUCAUUGCCUCAGAGCCCGACUGGGGAGGGAUCUUUGCCCUUUGCAUUGCCAACAGUCCUUCACUGUGUUCCUUGCCAAGAAACACCUGAGCCUUUGGUUGUGUCCUUGCUGUGAUCCUGACCAGCAGCACGUGGGGUUCUGCCCCUGCAGUGCCCCGGGAUCACACGGUGGUCAUUUCAGGGCAAGCGAUUAAAAAUAAUGGGAGUGAUAUUAAGUAGUGGCUGGAUCGAGCUGGCUCCUGUGAAGGUGAGAGAAUCCAAAGAAAUACUGCAUUUACCUCAUGAUAAUUCCCCCUCUGCAGCUGUGCUCAGCACUGGGUUGGUUGUAUUUGGAGUUUUGCCAGCGGGCUGAUGAAGCAUCUUGCUGGGUUUUGUAUGUUUUGACAGUGGGCUGAUAAACCUGCACGUUUCUGCUGUUGCUUCCUAAGGAGGUUUUAUCAUGAUCUAAAUAGUGAGCUAAUUUCAAUUAUGAAAUGUUUUUGCAAGGCAAAGGGGGGAGAGUCUUCAGUGUAACGAAAAAAGCAUCAAACCUUAAAUUCAGUCUUUUCAGGCAGAGCAGUCUGGCACAGAACAUCCCAGGACAGUUCAUGGAGCUGUGUAGGUCAUUCCCCUUUAGAUGCACAUCCUAUGCUGGCAGAUGUCAGAGCUCCCUGGGAAAGCACUGGCAAACACCUCUGACACUUCAGGUUGCUGUUUAGUGCCUUUCAAUGAGCCUCGAGGCAACUCCCUUCAAGUGACACUUGUGUACAGCUCGUUUCCAAGCAUAAAAGUCUUGCUAUGGGGGAAAUAGUUUUUAAUAAUGCAUUUAAGAAUUCGUUAUGUUAAUACAGGUACAGUGAAAGAGUCUGGUGAGAAACAUAAGGGAUCUGUUGAAAUUCCUAACCUGUCAGAAGAAAAUGAGGUAGAUGAUACAGAGAUAAAUGUCAGCAAGAAGAAAGGGGAAGGUGACGUUCUGAAGGACCUGAUGAGAACUGAAGGAACCACAAAAGUCAGAGAGGCCCUGAGAGAUUACCUGAAAGCACUUAAAACAGAGUUUACCUUGGGAAUGAUUCUGCCAACAAAAGCCCCUGUUGGUCAGGAGCUGCCCACGGAGCGAAAACCAAGUGGGAACACCGUGCAAGACUCUGUUUCACCACAGUCUCUGGAUACAGUUGGAGUAAAAAUUCCAACAGUGAGGAUACUUAUGAGGGAAAUGUUCAACUCUCCAGCUGAUGAACUUUACAGCAUCUUCACCACAAAGGAAUUAGUACAGAAGUUUUCCAAGUGCCCAGCUGUGAUUGAAGCAGAGAAAGGAGGCAAACUCCAGAUGUUUGAGGGCUGUGUCAGCGGGGAAUACACAGAACUGGUCCCAAGCCAAAGAAUUGUCCUGAAGUGGCGGUGUAGGAGUUGGCCUGAUGAACAUUAUGCAACAGUUGCCUUGACCUUCCAGGACGCGGCGGCUCAGACGGAGCUGCAGCUGGAAUGCACAGGAGUUCCCGUCGCCGCCGAGGAGAGCACCAGGCAGUGCUGGAAGAAGCAAUAUUUUGAAGAAAUCCAUCUUUUACUGCAGCAGCCCCAAGACAGCAUGGAAUGAUGACAGCACUGUAGUUUUGUUAGGGCAUUACUUUUUAUACUUUGUUAACAAUUUGGUUUUCUAAAAAAAAAAAAAAAAAAAAAAAAAAAAAAAGAAAAGGAAAAAAAUAGUAAUUUAUUUGUGGGAAGAAUAAAGACCCACUUCUAUGAUACUGUAUAUAAUUUAAACAUUAUUUAUGGAUUUUCAGUGACUGAGGAGCAAGGCAGAUUAUGGAUAUAGACAGCUUUUCUUGGGGAGACUGACCUCUGCUCUGCUUGUCUGCAGCCUCAGAGAUAAUAAUGACUGAGCUGCAGUCAGGACUGUGGUAGGACUCACACUUCCAGCAGAGGUAGGUGAGCUACACCAAUCCACAGGAAGCAUUUCCAGUUCCUAAAUAUUCAGUGAAUUGAGUGGCAAAAUUCCUGCAGGAGAUGGUUCCCAGCAGAGGUGAGCCCAAAGGGAUUAUCAAACUGCUGAUCCAGUAGAUCUUUCAAGAAACAGGGGGGGGGUAUCAUUUACAGCCUCUUUAAAUACUUUGUUAGAUUGUUUUAACUGCAGACAGAUUUUGUUUCUGACUGCAGUUUUAGGGAAAGACAAUUAACAAUGUCAUGUAAUUAUUAAGUCUGCAUGCACUGUACUCCCUUACUUGACCUCAGUGUGACAUUUAUUUUGGAAGCAACCAACAGCACUAGUGCUUUCUGCAGUUCUGCAAGCCUUCCACUUCAAUCAUUUAUGGCCCUCUGCAAUUCUGUACCUCAAAUUAAAGAGAACAACUGUCAGAGAAUUGUGACAGGAGCAAAGUUGGGAUACUGAAAGCAGCAAGGUGAGCAAGGCUAACUUAGUUCUCAGAUGCUUUAUAAGAAGUGUACAAAUCCAAUAUGCAAUUUGCAGCAGACCACAAAAGGGCUGCCUUUGGAAAACGUGCUUGGCUCAAUAAAAGAUGUGACUUUA